UGAGGAAGGCCCAUGUGGGGCCCGAUUUCGAUUUCCUGGACAGCGGCAGGGACAUCGUUGGAAGUCAUUUUUGGUUUUUAGAAGAAAUGUGGGCGUGGGCGUGACUACCACCACCCUAGACCCCAGCGCCAAAGGACGAUGCGGUCGACUUGAAAGUUGGAAUAUUGAAAACACAAAAAUUGCAAUUUUCAUAAACAAAUCUUUAUUAUUCAAACGUUUUGGCUACCGACAAUUCGUAGAAGGAAAGGAUUUAUAGUGAAAGAAACAACGAGAUUUUGUCCAACAGCGACAGGCAAACAAUUUAAGACCAAAAGGAAAAAUAAAACAUUUUUUAUUGGUCAUAGGAAAAAAUUAGUCAUGGAGAGUAGCAGAACAAUAGCUUUCAUCGAAGCAACAGGUGUUGUUCAGGGGUCUCUCACCAAGCACAAGGCUCUGAUAAAAUUUACCUGCAAGUUGAAUGGCAAAGAAGAACUUGCACUGCUGAAGACCGAGAAAUUUGCUCAUCGCGGGGCCUUGAUCAGCCAAGCCGAGGAUGAGGCGGCCCACGUUUUGCAGUUUGUUGAAGUCGGCACCACGGUCCGAUUCUUUGCCCACCCUUUGAAUUCAAAGGAGGACGAGAAGGACGCACAGUGGUUCAUCAUGUACGGCUGGGACAUAAAAGAGGAAAAGUUGCUGGACAUCAAGUACAUCCCUGGAUUGUCCAACAGGGAGUGCACAGUCACUGAAAUCGAUGCCAGCGGCAAAAGGAAAGGCACACUCACCUAUGAAAACCUGAAUGAUGAAAGUAUUGACAUCAGCUUUUUGGCAAGCAAAGUGUGGUCCUUCGGAGCCCGCCUCAACCCAAAGCAGUCGCUGAAGACCCAAAUGCCUCUUGACAACGUCUUCUACUGUGAUGCAAUUCCUCAGCUGUCGACCAGUGGAGACGGCAUCACUUGGAUGGCCACACAUGUAUGGCGUGGCCCAAGACACCAUUCACAAAAUAAUGAGACAGAUUAUUCUGUGAGCUCUGAGAUCAAGGAAUUGAUUCAUCCCAUCAAGAACAUUGGACUGAAUUGCAAAGCUCUCUUUGUGCAAGGACAAGGUCAAGUGCUGAGGAUCAUCAAUGAUGAUUUUGGUCUCGCUUUGUUGCACAUUGGAAAUAACAUAUUCGAGUCGGUCUUGUUCCACCGCGCUUGGGUUUCUGCAUUUGGUACAUCAAUGGCAAGCCAGAAACUGAAAGAUGUGCUCCAAGAUGGAGACCCCCUGAGACUGAUCUGCACUUCAACCAGUGUUGGCAACACAAAAAGUGCCUUCCGAUUCAAGUGGGUUGCGUGCAGUGUCCAACUUGCUUACGAAGAACCACAGGGCAAGUGAUUUUUAAUUAUCUCUGAAAGCGAUCUCAAAAUGGAGAUCAAUUUGACGUGCUGCUGAAAUAAGUAGCUGCAUAUGAUGAAUAUUUUCCAGUGAAAUUUAUAAAAUGGAUCUUAGUUGUGCAAAGCCACUGAUCAAGAGUGACUAGUUUAGGUACAUUUUUUUAAUAAUAUCAAAGAUGAAGACUAUUUUUUUUGUAUAAUAUCAGAUGUCAAUAAAAUUGAAGCAUUUAUUGGCUAAAGAAAAAUAUAUUU